AUGGAGCAAAGAGCAGCGGUGAUACUUUGCGUUGCGGUGCUUUCGGCGCUUUUUGCAUACAAUGUUGCAGGAGCGAGGAUUGGGAAGCAUGCGCUACUGACCAACGAAGAAAUGUCAUAUAAACAGAUUCAACAUCAAAUUCCUCCGAGUGAUCCAGAUCCAAUAGAGCCACCAGUUUCAUAUGAAGGAACGGAAGAUAAACAGAUCCAACGUCUAGUUCCUCCUAGUGGUCCAGAUCCAAUAGAGCCACCAGUUUCAUACGAAGGAACAGAAGAUAAACAGAUCCAACGUCUAGUUCCUCCUAGUGGCCCAGAUCCAAUAGAGCCACCAGUUUCAUACGAAGGAACAGAAGGUAAACAGAUCCAACAUCUAGUUCCUCCUAGUGGUCCAGAUCCAAUAGAGCCACCAGUUUCAUACGAAGGAACAGAAGGUAAACAGAUCCAACGUCUAGUUCCUACCGGUCCAAAUCCAGAAGAGCCACCAGUUUCAUACGAAGGAAUGGAGGGUAAACAGAUCCAACGUCUAGUUCCUACUGGUCCGAAUCCAGAAGAGCCACCAGUUUCAUACGAAGGAAUGGAGGGUAAACAGAUCCAACGUCUAGUUCCUACUGGUCCGAAUCCAGAAGAGCCACCAGUUUCAUACGAAGGUAAACAAAUCCAACGUCUAGUUCCUACCGGUCCAAAUCCAGAAGAGCCACCAGUUUCAUACGAAGGAAUGGAGGGUAAACAGAUCCAACGUCUGGUUCCUACCGGUCCGAAUCCAGAAGAGCCACCAGUUUCAUACGAAGGAACGGAGGGUAAACAGAUCCAACGUCUAGUUCCUACCGGUCCGAAUCCAGAAGAGCCACCAGUUUCAUACGAAGGUAAACAGAUCCAACGUCUAGUUCCUACCGGUCCAAAUCCAGAAGAGCCACCAGUUUCAUACGAAGGUAAACAGAUCCAACGUCUAGUUCCUACCGGUCCAAAUCCAGAAGAGCCACCAGUUUCAUACGAAGGAACGAAAGAUAAGCAGAUACAACGUCUAGUUCCUACUGGUCCAAAUCCAGAAGAACCACCAGCUUCGUUCUAA